ACAGGCCCUCCUCCUUCUCCUGGCCCAGACUUCAGCUAGCUGAGUCCACAUCAGCCCAGGAUUAGCAUGGCCGUUCGUCUGUGGGUAGUGGCCCUGGCCUUGGCUGCCCUCCUCGUUGUGGACAGGGAAAUGCCAGUGUCUGCAGAAAAGCUCAUUUUCUCAAGAAUGCCCAUCUGUGAGCAUAUGGCAGAGUCUCCAGACUGUUCCCAGACAUUCAACCUGGUCUGCGGCACUGACGGGGUCACAUAUGACAAUGAAUGCCAGCUCUGCUUAGCCCGAAUGAAAACCAAACAGGACAUCCAGAUCCUGAAGGAUGGCAAAUGCUGAUCCCACAGGAACCUCGUAAGCCAUGAAGCUUCAGGCUGAAGAACAGUGGUGGGAGUGAAGAGGAUGUGACAUGAAAUAAAAGAUCCAGCCCAA